AUGCUGGCGGCGGCGCUGCCGCGGGCUCUGUGCCGCUCGGCCUGGCGCUGCCCUGCGGGGCUCGCGCGACCCCGGCCCGCCUGGCACGGCAGGGCCCGGCAGGAGCGGGGCGGCAAUGGCGGCGGCGCGGGGUUCUCCAGGUGGCGGUGGGCUCGGCCGGGCGGGGCUGCGCUGGCCUUCCUUGGAGCAUUCUCCAUCUUUCCCAGGGACGACGGCGAGGAGGACGGCGAGGACGCCAUUAUCCUCCUACUGAAGAAGGCCAAGCUCAGCUCCAUGAAGGGCGAACUGGAUGAGGCCGAUCGACUGCUGCAUCGAGCGCUGCGCCUGGCGCAGCAGGCCGACAACAGGAGGGCCAUCAUCUACACGUACAGCACGAUGGCAAACGUGGCCUUCAUGCAGGGACAGCUGGACAACGCAGAAAAGCUCUACAAAGCAACGAUGAGCUACUUGCUUGCAGGAGACAUGAAGGAGGAUGACAAUGCAAUCCUUGAGAUGUCCCUCAAGCUGGCCAGUAUCUAUGCUGCUCAGAAACAGCACAAAUUAGCCCUGGCUGGCUAUGAGUUCUGCAUCCUGACCUUAGAGGAGAAGAUUGCCAAGCAAAAGGACUUGCCUGAGGAUGUCUUGCCAGCUGAAGAAAAAGCCAACACUCGUCUCCUGCUGGGGAUGAGCCUGGACUCCUACGCUCGCUAUCUGGUAGACAUUAACCAGCUCUCAGUGGCCCAAAAAAUGUAUGAGAAGGCUCUGCAGAUAUCAAGUGAAGUUCAGGGAGAGACUCAUCCACAGACUGUGGUCCUCAUGAAUGACUUAGCAACUGUGCUGGAUGCUCAAGGGCACUAUGAUGAGGCAUACUCUCAUGUGAAGAGGGCAGCUGAGCUGGCAAAGGAGACACAACACCCUGAGGAGCACAUGGUGCUGAAUAACCUGGCAGCAAUUCUGAUGCACAAAAAAGACUUUCUGCAAGCAAAACAAGUGUAUAAAGCAGCUCUGAAACAGGCAGAACAGAAAGGAGAUGCUGAUUCUGUCCGGCACAUCCAGGAAGAAUUAGCUGAACUGGCCAAGAGGAGAAAAGGCUCUCAGUGAGUUUGGCCAAAGAGUCCAACAGCAGCAAUGGUGGGUGAAUACAGGCAGCCUGGGACUAGUUUGGUACAAUUCUCCAAAGGAGCAGCAACUGGAAACAGAGGAGCAGCUCUCCUUAAGGAGAGCUUAGUAAGAAGGGCUGUUAUUGCCUAACUGUUAAGCCCAAAAUAAAGUUCUGAAAUCUUAAUAGUA